AGAAAGCAAGAAGAUAAUGGCCAAAGUUAUGUAUGUUUUGGCUAGCCUCAUCGCAUUAUGCUGUUUCACAAUCAAUACCUAUGCCUUAUUACCUUCUGGAUGGACCAAUGCUCAUGCCACUUUUUAUGGGGGUAGCGAUGCCUCAGGCACUAUGGGAGGAGCUUGUGGGUAUGGGGAUCUGUAUUCAACAGGGUAUGGGACUAGAACUGCUGCUUUAAGUACUGCGUUAUUUAAUGAUGGGGCUUCAUGUGGAGAGUGCUACAAAAUCAUAUGUGAUUAUAAAACAGACGCCAGAUGGUGCAUUAAAGGAAGAUCCGUGACCAUAACUGCCACAAACUUUUGCCCUCCCAAUUUUGCUCUCGCUAACAACAAUGGAGGAUGGUGCAAUCCACCUCUCAAGCAUUUUGACAUGGCUCAACCCGCAUGGGAAAAGAUUGGUAUUUACCGCGGAGGGAUCGUGCCUGUCUUAUUCCAAAGGGUUCCAUGCAAAAAGCACGGAGGGGUGAGGUUCACUAUCAAUGGGAGAGACUACUUUGAACUUGUGUUAAUAAGCAAUGUCGCAGGUGCUGGAUCAAUACAAUCUGUGUCCAUUAAAGGCUCAAAAACUGGGUGGAUGGCUAUGUCAAGAAACUGGGGUACCAAUUGGCAAUCCAAUGCGUUUUUGAAUGGUCAAUCAUUGUCCUUUAGGGUCACAACCACUGAUGGAGAAACCAAAGUUUUCCAAGAUAUCGUUCCAGCAAAUUGGGCUUUUGGCCAGACUUUUUCUAGCCCGGUCCAAUUCUAA